CAUUGUAGUCCCACAGAACACAAAGUUGUGAACGUCCGGAUGAAAAAACAUACUGAGCUAAAGACCAUUCAGCAGCGCACAAAACUCCAGUGUUUCGGUUAGCUUAUGCACCAUCCGUUCCCAAGUUAUCCCCAUUUCAUUGUAUCGAGGUGAUUAGCUACAGCUCUCGAAUUAGCUACAUUCCAUCGUUUCGAGGUGAUUCAUCAUCCCAGCGACUAGCUGGUUGUCGCCAAGAUUAGGAUAACACAGCGGCAUUGGUCAGGAAACAGCCCCACUAAAUCAGCAAUCGGCAGCUGCAUCUGCAGCUGCUAUAUGCAGCAGUUGCGCAGCACCCGAAUUACGAAUGGCCACCAACCGUUUACAGCUAGCACCCGAUCGUGGCGGUAGUAGCCAGUCACCACUCUUCGCAUUAUAAUCUUAGCAGUCACAAAAGAUGGGAUUGCCGACGUUUUUAAAUUUUAACAAAAACAUCCAAAAACACGCCAAGACCGUGGGUGUAAUAUUGACGCUUUACACGAUCUUCACUCUGCUUAUCGGAGUGGCGUGGUUAAUUGAGAUCAAAGAGCAGGCCAGCCUGUACAAGUUAGAUUUUCGCGUGGACUUAACCGGAAUCCGAACAAUCAACCCGAGGACGGCCGGCUUUUGGGAGAAGGAAGGCUUCCUCGUCAUGGGCAUUGGGUUCGCGAUCCUUGCAGUACUGUACUGGAUCACAUACCUCAUGCGUCAACGGUUGCUCCUCGCAGUGUUUAUCGGACUUUUGGUCAUAAUUAUCACGCUUAACAUCAUCGGGAUGGUAGCCGCGGGGCUGAAGCUGAAAUUCGUGUUAGCGUGCGUAGUGAUGUUCGGUCUCCCCGUCAACGUGUACAUGCUGGUGGUGGCGCUGCAACUGCAUAAAUCAAAAUUCAUAUUUACCACGCGACAGCAAGGAUAAAGGAGUCUAAGAGUGUGUGUUUGUUUCCCCGUGAGGCGAUCGUUGUAGUACAGCAUGUCCACCCAUAAGCCAGCGUUGUCAAACUUGUGUUAUCCACAAAAUUUUUGUUGCCUUUCAACACACUCAUUAGCCGUUUUUCGUUUAAUAUAAUCUUGUUUAUUGUUCAUUUAUGAAAAGGCCAAAGUUCAGAAACUGACAUAGACCGAACUAAUGGAAGAUUGUCCUUUAUCGUGAGCUAUUGAAGAGAAUAAAAAUGGAUGCGUAGAUGAGCGAUGACCCUUUGCAAACAAUUGUUUUUCUUUCGUUUCGCAUUUUGUGGCUCUAUUCUCAAUAAAAGCCUCAGAUCUAAUGCCUCAUUCCGAUGCCGUCGUUCGGAAACGAACAAUCGGGAGCCAAGCGAAGCCGGCAAGAGCACUCUCACGUCUUGUGUGGAGGGGUGAGUCAGCUGCACAAAAUAUGCACAGACGGUGUGCGCAACAAAUGCAGCCCCCGGGGCAUUGGUUCACGUACAGUGGGAUUGGGUGAGUUUGUCGGGUGGUUAUAGUUUUUUUUUCCUCAAUUAAACUCGCUGGUUGAUAAGUCCAGACGUAUUACGUACAAUAAAUAAUACAGUUCAAUAAUGGUGUAAACCUGACAUG